AUGACAUACCAAGCGAAUCCUGGAAAGAAUGCGGAUGCCUCGAUGCUUCUUUGCUUGCAGGCCCCUUCAAUUAGGUUGUCAAAGCUAAGAGCAUGCCCAGUGACUGGUCAAGGAGUACGAUUCCGAUGUGGAAGAAAAAGGCGAUAUCGCAGACUGUUCAACAUAUCGGUCAAGCCGGCUGAUGAACCACACUUUAACAUAUCGGCCAAUCCGGCUGAUGAACCACACUCUAGAGAUCUUCCAAAGAGUGCCGGUACUGCUGACGCCAUUCAUACUGUAAGGACAGUGAUGGAGAAGUAUGGAAGAAAACGAAGAGAGCUACAUACGGCUUUCCUGGAUAUGAAGAAUGCUUUCGACAAGGCCCAUAAUGUCAUGUGGGGGCAUGCGAAAGCAAUGGUUUCAGAAGUAUAA